AUGCCAUGCCCAGCACAACCCAAUACGGAUACUCGAAAGACAUGCGCUCAGCCCUUAGCCUCCGCCAUUCCACCCUUUGUGACGUCGAUUGGCGAAAGAAACACCACCGCUACUAGGUACCCAGAGCACCUCACCGAGCACCUUCAAUACCACCACCACCAACACCCACCGCCAGCUUCACCUUACCGCCAGCUCAAACCUACCUUUUCCCUCUCGACAACCUCACGACCUCUGGCAACUGUUGCUGCCAACUUCAAAACCUCGAGACCGACAGGCUCCAACCUUUUUUCAGCGAAAACAUACUUCCACGCGCCCAACAUAGGUCCUCAUACACCACCACUUGCGCCGCCCCCAAUAUCGACCCAUCCCGAAAAUCAUACUGUUCGCGACGAAAACGACGACAACCUUGGUUCGAGUCUAGCCACAAACAACGACCGCUCUCCCCAUCUCACCACCACGACGUCGUCGCCACCACCCCGCGACCCCUCCCCGUCGAGGGACGACGUCGCGACCGAGGAUCCGGUCGACCCCAAUUCGAUUCCGCUCACCAACCUCCAGACUGUUGCCUCCGAUCCGCCAUCACGACGGCCCGACAACGCCCCGUCUCCUCGUGAGGCACCGGGUCAGCCGACGAGGACCCAGUCUCCCGAACCUGAACCCAAGGGGUCUAAACCCCUCGCAUCCUCGCCCAUGUCUUUUUUGACCAAGAACAUUUGGCCCAACGAUGGGAGGAACCGCUCUCAUGUUCCGGCCAUGCCGGUUUGGAUCGCAGGCGUCAGGAUUGCACAGCUUGUAAGGGCACUACUCCUAGCCCCAACUACAUUAAAGGGAAACCGGAGUACGCGAAAUGACUUGGACGAACAUCACGUUGACGGUUUUGAAAUCUUAGGUCCUCGCCAUUGCGACGUUGGGAAUAACAGUCUUCGGACUCACCACUAUGCAGAAAGCCACGGGCUAUCGCAGGAUAACGGUAUGUUCGAGAAUCUCUUGGUCUCUGAUCUGGCCUCUGCUUGGAUCCCUCCCUUCUGGUUCACUUUUACUGACUGUUUGCGUUUUACGAUGCAGUCCUUUAGCGGUACAGAAGGUUUCCCAUUUUCAUGGUUUGCUUUCGCCUGGACCUUCUCCUAUUUGACAUGGCUCGGCGUAGCCGUCAUGUUUAUUCCCGUCAUGUACAACUGCUGGGUGCAUCUCGGCCUCGAGCUACUCACUGUCGUCUUCUGGUUGAUUACUAUGGCCCUGCUUGCUAGUCACGCAGAUGAUCUUGAUUCCCUCGAUGCCUUCAUCGUAACGUUCGGUCCCAAGUACGAAGUGUAUUAUAAGAUGAACGUUGAGCCGUUUGCCGAUGGCUUCGUAGCUGCUACGUUUGCCGGCACAGCUACUUCUGUCGUCAACCUUGUGCUCUUCGUUAUCACCAUUAGUGUCUUUGGCCGCGCUCUUCAUGCGUUACGUAAAGCAAAGUUGGAAAAGGCACCUAGCACCACCGACUCGCAAAAGACUAUCCAGGCCGAAGGGGACAAGAUGGUCGCUUCUCCCCAAAUGACUUCCGCCGUUCCGACCUACAUUCACUGGAACAGCCAGUACCCGCCUCCUCAACAUCCCCACGCAUACGCCUACUACGGCCAGCCGUACGCACAAUCACCGCACUCGCAAACGAACCCGUCUCCGCCGAACUCUGUGCCACCCCAUGGCUUCCAACCGGCGUACUUUCCCGGCAGCAAUUGGCCUCCGCAGCCACCUCAGCAACAACCGCCCCCCGAAGGCGGUGUCUGGCCGGCCCAGAACUACGGCAUGUACCAGCAGCAGGUGCCCAUCGGACCUCAGCACACGGGUCAGUCUGGCAGCAUGAUGGGGUCCCCUCAGUUCCCCAUGGUCCAACCAAUGCAGCCCAGCAAGGCGGAUCUACCAGGUGUUUACCCAACACCACCACCGGGAAGCGCAACUGUAGGACCCGGAUACCCGCCUCAGCAACCACCGCCUCCUCCAGCACCAGUACCCGGCACCAUACACUCGCCUGUAGAGUUGAACGACGGGCGUGGGGACGAAAAUAUGCCGGCAGAGCUACCAAGCAACCCUCCAAGGUCGCCCAGAUGA